UAUUCCCGCGUCCAAUUAAUUAUUAUGGUCUGGCCCUUUAAGACGCAGCAGUGGGUCAGCGAGUAGUGUAGAGUUCCUCUAAUUGAACUUCGCCCAAUCAACAAUAACUCGUUAGCAGUUGCUUGCUUUUUCUUGUUCCUUGAGACAGUUUAUUCCUUGCAGGAAUUGCCCCCAGCCACUACCCGUUACACUUUCUAAAGAUCUUCAUGGAACUUCGCAGAGGAACAGUCUCUCUCUGGAAGGGAAUACAAUUCGGUUGCCUGUGAAACUGCAGCCUACGCCCGAAGCAUGGUUAUUUUGGAGAAAACAUUUCAGACAAGUGAAGUUGCAAGAUUCGACUGAAAGUGAUUAAAAGUGGGUUGUGAAGAAGACACGAAUUUAAGGAAACACUCGUGGACCUUUAAACAAGCAUUUGAAUGAAAUAGUCAGCCUUUGUCAGCAGUAAUUCCUUUGGACUGCGAUGACCUCCAGUAAAGACAUGAAGGCAGGCUCCGUGUUGCAGUCCAGCGGCGAGGAGAGGAGACAGGGUCCCUUGGACCAGCUUCCACCCCCGGCCAACUCCAACAAGCCACUGACGCCGUUCAGUAUUGAGGAUAUUCUAAACAAACCCUCGGUGAAGAAGUCAGUUGCUAAUCUCUGUCCACCGAGAGUUAUUGAAAAAGUGUCCGGCUCAAAUGCAGCAAGGAACGGUAUUACCACUCCCUCUUCGCCGUUAUGUGCUCUGGAGGAACUAGCCAGCAAAACAUUUAAAGGUCUGGAAGUCAGCGUUAUACAAGCAGCUGAAGGUCGUGAGCAUGUGAACGCCUUUGGACAGAGGCAGACCUCAAAAAAGAGGAGAAAGUCCAGGACAGCUUUCACCAACCAUCAGAUAUAUGAACUCGAGAAGCGCUUUUUGUACCAGAAAUACCUGUCUCCGGCCGACCGAGACCAGAUAGCUCAGCAACUGGGGCUAACCAACGCUCAGGUCAUCACCUGGUUUCAGAACAGACGGGCCAAGCUCAAGAGAGACUUGGAAGAGAUGAAAGCGGAUGUGGAGUCGCUCAAGAAAAUACCACCACAAACCCUGCAAAAGCUAGUCACCAUGGAAGAAGACAUUGACGACCCGCAAGGAAGCUCUGGGGCGAUUUCCCCUAGCAUCUCCCCGUCGUCACAAGGACACCGAGCAUUUCCACAGUCCCCCUCUUCAUCCAGAGAUCAAACCACGGACGAAUUCUCAGAGGAGGACGAAGAGAUUGAGGUGGACGAUUGACAGUAUGCCCAUGUUUUAAGAAAGGGCAUUUAAAAAAAACUUUUGCACGGAUAUUGUCGACGGGAGAAGUGAAACUUAAAAGGGAAGUUUACUUUAUCCUCUUCUCCAUUUUAAUUUAUUAAUAGGACUGUAAAGCCUUCCCUGUUCCAAUUUCACCAAAUUAUUUCUUUCAAUAGGAUAUGAAAAAUACUUAGUGUUUUGGUACAGGAUCAUGACUGCAAAAUGUGUAUGUACAUUUAACGCUAUGGUUGUUGUUGUUUUUUUUUUUUUUGG